CUUGUACGCCUUUGGCUACUGGGACCCUCCUCUUAUAACUCCCAAUCCUCUCUUGGGGAUUGUUUGUUUGGUUUCUUGCUUGCUGGUAAGAUGGGCGAUAUGUCUAUGCCACAACCCCCACUCGAGACUCUCGAGGUCGUCGACUUGUCUCUGGGGUGGUCGUUCAAACGAACCGACGAUGUGGGUUCCAACUCUUGGUCGCCGGUCCGCCGAAUUCCUUCGACCGUCCAACAAGAUCUCAUCGACAACAAGAAGCUCAAGGACCCUUUCAUCGGAUUCAACGAGAUCAAAGCUGAAUGGGUGGGCCUCAAGUCAUGGACCUACCGUACUACAAUCAACCGCCCGCACAUCCCACCAGGGGCUAAAGCGGUACUUGUUUUUGAAGGUCUCGAUACAUUUGCCCAUGUCAAGCUGGGCGGUAAGUCGAUCUUGAAGAGUGACAACAUGUUUCUUCCUCACCGUGUCGAAGUCACCGAGAUCCUGCAGUCUGGAGGCAGCAACUGGGAGCUGGAAAUUGAGUUUGAAUCAGCAUUUCUCAAAGCUCGCGAGAUCCGCGACCAGCAUCCCAACCACAAGUACAUCUGUUUCAAUGGAGACUCGGCACGACUGGCUGUGAGAAAGGCACAAUAUCACUGGGGAUGGGACUGGGGACCGCUGCUGGUCUGUGCUGGAAUCUGGAGGCCGAUCCGGCUGGAGAUAUACGCGGUACGGAUAGCAGACCUGAGAGCGGACGUCGAAUUUUCACACGACUACGGCAUUGCGACAGUCCAGGCCACUGCCGAUAUCCAAGGCCACGAAGGCUGCCAGAUUCUUGAUGCAAAAUUCACAGUCCGUCGGGGCGACCAGGUGCUCUGUUCGACCGAGGCCGAGGUCAGCCCGGACGGCAAGGCUUUCGGCAAAAUGCAAAUUCAAGACCCUGAGCUAUGGAUGCCCAAUGGAUACGGGGGUCAGACUUUGUAUGAAGUGAGUGUGGCGGUGGUCAACGAUGGACUGACCCUACACUCGGAAAGCCGGAGAAUCGGAUUGCGCAAAGUGGAGCUAGUCCAGGAACACGAUUCUCAUGGCAAGUCGUUUUACUUCCGCAUCAACGGCGUCGACGUCUUCUGCGGCGGUUCAUGCUGGAUCCCGGCCGACAGUUUCUUGACCAACGUGUCGCGGGCCAGAUAUCGAGCGUGGCUCGAGCUCAUGGUCCCCGCAAAUCAAAAGAUGAUCAGAGUGUGGGGAGGCGGCAUUUACGAAGAUGACGCAUUCUACGAAGCUUGCGACGAACUGGGGAUUCUUGUGUGGCAGGACUUUAUGUUUGGCUGCGGGAACUACCCCUGUUUUCCCGCCAUGCUCGAUUCGAUCGAAGCGGAAGCCGUGGCUAAUGUUCGGCGGAUUCGCCAUCAUCCAAGCCUCGUGAUUUUUGCCGGGAACAAUGAAGACUACCAGGUGGCUGAAUCUGCCCAUUUGACCUACGAUUAUGAGGACAAGGACGAGCAAAAUUGGCUGCGGACCGAUUUCCCGGCUCGUUUCAUCUAUGAGUCGCUGUUACCAAGGGUAUCGGCCGCCGAGGCCCCGUGGAUCCCCUAUCACCCUGGUUCGCCCUGGGGUGAUGGCAAAAUCAGUUCUGAUCCCACUGUAGGGGAUAUGCACCAAUGGAACGUGUGGCACGGCACACAAGAAAAGUAUCAGAUCUUUGACUCUUUAGGAGGGCGCUUCAACUCCGAGUUUGGCAUGGAAGCAUUCCCACAUUUGGCCACGAUCAAAUCAUUUGUCGAGAACGAGGCCGAUCUCUACCCACAGAGUCAUGUGCUUGAUUUUCACAAUAAAGCAGAUGGUCACGAGCGACGGAUCGCCACCUAUCUGGUGGAGAAUGUGAGGACGGCCACGUCGUUGGAAGCCUAUAUCCACCUAACUCAACUGAUCCAAUGCGAAGCCUUGAUGUUUGGCUAUCGCGGCUGGCGCAAGCAAUGGGGUGAAGAUAGACAUUGUGGUGGGGCUUUGGUGUGGCAAUUGAAUGAUUGCUGGCCAGUAACGAGCUGGUCCAUCGUCGACUAUUACCUACGGCGGAAGCCGGCAUACUACGCCAUGGCCAGGGUGCUGGCCCCAGUGGCGAUAGGGGUCCGCCGCAGCCAUCACGAUUGGAGUGUUACACAUGCUCGAGAACCUCAGACCCAAGAAUGGGAGUUGUGGGUGGUCAGCUCCAAACUGAAUGACAUUCAAGCAGAUGUGGAGGUUAAAUUCGUGUCGGUCGAAACAGGUCGAGAGAUCAAAGACAAGAUCGUCAAGACAGGCAUCAAAAUUACGGCCAACGGCACAACAGAGGUGCUCAAGGGCUUGAUUGACAAUGUACACCAAGAGCCCCAUAUUCUUGCAGCGAGGAUCUGGAUUGAUGGCGAAUUAGUGGCUCGAGACACCGACUGGCCACAACCCUUGAAGUAUUUGGGAUUCCCAUCACGGAACGUGCAGGUUAAGGUUCUGGACAACGAGAUGCACGUGAAGGUUGAGCGGCCGGUCAAGUGCCUGGUGUUUGAAGAAAGAGAGGGUUGCCAUCUCAGCGACAGCGCAAUUGAUGUGGUUCCCGGCGAUGAUCAAAUCAUCCGAGUACGGGGCCUCAAGCCUGGUGAUGCUCCUCUGAACUGGACUUACCUGGGGGCUGGGGAACAGUGAUGGGGUUUGGCACUGACGCACUCUGGUCAACCGUCAGGCCAGAAAAGGAGACCCGAAGGAGAGUCGACAGGGGUGGAUGACGUGAGGAUCGACGGAUCGAGGAUCUGAGGUUAGAAGAGCUAAGAAGGUGCAUCGCCUCAGAUGAUUCUGGCGUGAUCUUGAUUGCAGGGGAAGGUGUUGCAUCAACUCUAGACUUGAACAAGGAGGUGACAAAGUGUCCUAGUGGAAGGUAGUCGCAGCAAACCAGGGCCACUGGGUGGACAAACCCAUGGUCUCUAGUAGAUAUGAAAGAUGAGUC